UGUCAUCCGGCCGCCACGAACCUUAGAUAGCGUUUCUCUUCAGCAGAAGAAAAAUCUUUUAGUGGGUCUGUGGAGUGAAAGCAGUUUCAAAGAUGAGUAAGCUUUCGAGUGAUACCUUAAAAGAGUCUAUCUCCACAAUUAUGACUGGAUCUAAGGAUAAGAAACGUAAUUUCACUGAGACCAUUGAACUCCAGAUUGGACUGAAAAACUAUGAUCCUCAGAAGGAUAAGCGUUUCAGUGGUUCUGUUAAGUUACCACACAUUCCUCGUCCCAAGAUGAAAGUGUGCAUGCUUGGAGAUGCUCAACAUGUUGAAGAGGCAGAGAAGAUUGGUUUGGAUUAUAUGGACGUUGAAGCGUUGAAAAAGCUUAACAAAAACAAGAAAUUGGUUAAGAAGCUAGCUAAGAAAUACCAUGCCUUUUUAGCAUCAGAAGCUGUCAUCAAGCAGAUCCCCCGUCUUUUGGGCCCUGGCCUCAACAAGGCAGGCAAGUUCCCAACCCUUGUUACUCAUCAAGAAUCCAUCGAGUCUAAAGUUAAUGAGACCAAGGCUAUGGUAAAGUUCCAACUGAAGAAGGUGCUUUGCAUGGGAGUUGCUGUGGGCAAUGUUGCUAUGGAGGAGAAGCAGAUCUUCCAAAAUGUUCAGAUGAGUGUUAAUUUCCUCGUUUCAUUGUUGAAGAAGAAUUGGCAGAAUGUGAGGAGCUUGUCAUUGAAAACUAGCAUGGGGAAGCCAGUUCGCGUAUACUGAGAUCUUUUGGAAAGGGAAUUUUGUAGUGAGCUCAUGGGAGCUAUAGUACUUAUAAGUUCUUUCUUUGAAUGUCAAGUUUUCUUCUUUGUUGGGCUGUUUUUCCUUCUGCUGUUCGUUGAAUAUGUAGAUGCCAUGGUGGUAGACAUCGUUUGUUGGAGAGGUGAACCAAGUUUUUCACUUUCACUUGCACUAUAACACAUUGUUGAAUGUUUUAAGCCCUAUAUUUUGGCCCUUUUAUUUCC